AUAUUUCCAGCAACUCUCUUGGGUUACGACUGCCUCGUACCCGAACAGUGUUCUUUGAAGGUGGCCAAUAGUAGCUGUCUGGACGGUGCAUGUCGAUGCGUUGACGGCUUCCUGCAGUUCCGGAAGCACACUUGCCUUGGACCUGCAAGACCUGGAAACGUAUGUUAUAGCAAUGAACAUUGUCGCCUUUGGACUGCAGACAGCCACUGUGAUUUUCUCAUCCCAAAUCUGUUUGGAAGAUGUUCCUGCAAUUCCCCUUUUAAGCAAGUAGGGGACUCAUGUGUUAGAUCUGCUUUCCAGACUAAAUCUACAAGCGCGUCUACAACCGUCCCUACCUCAACUACUACUAUGAGAAGCACAACUUUAACUUCUACUACUACUGCGUUUUCCACAACUACUACUGUUAGGAGCACAACGAGAAAACCGACAUCUGAGAUUAAAAAUCAUGAUAUAGAAACCAACGUUAUUGUCGAUAAUGGUAUGCCGCAGGUUGUGCUUAAGGAAAGAAUGCCUGGGAAAGACAGAACAACAAAGACCGUUCCCACUACAUCUGAUUUUACAACACGUAUUCCAAGUACACAGAAAUUUGUUUCUUCAAAAAUGGACUCAACCACAAGGGCUACAAUUUCCAGGAGAACUACUACAAUGGAACCUACAUCUACGAUUCCUCCAGAACUGAUGAUCCCUUCGAUUACAACAACUUUACCUCCAACAACUACAGGCAUAAGAACUAGAGUCGAAACGGGCGACGAAGCUGUAAGUUUGGGUUUACCCUGCGUGACUGAUAUGCAAUGCAGAAUGGCUGAUUCAUCUUCAAAAUGUAUAGAAGGAAUUUGCGAUUGUAUUAUUCGGACAAACGGAACACGAUCUUGUUCAGCUAAAAAUCGUGGAUGUAUUCCCGGCACGUUUCAGUGUCGAAGCACCGGUACAUGUAUCAGUUGGUUUUUCGUUUGUGACGGUAGAAAAGACUGCAGUGAUGGCUCAGAUGAAGAAUGUUUACCUAAUAAAUGUCCCCAAGAAGCGUUUAGUUGCAAAUCAUCAGGAAAAUGCAUAUCGAGAGCAAGCAGAUGCGAUGGAUCCAAGGACUGUGCUUUGGGAGAGGACGAAAUGAACUGUCAGGCUAUCGGAAGGAAAGGUUGUCCACCAGAUACAUUUCAGUGUCGAGAUGGGAAAUGUCUACCAGAGUACGAAUUUUGUAAUGCUAUAAUAGGCUGUAGUGACGGUAGUGAUGAACCCCCACACAUUUGCAAAGGCCGAGCGAGAAGGAGAAGAACAGAAUAUUGUCCUUUACGAUGUGGAAAUGGCAGAUGUCGAUCUAGCGCAAUUGCUUGUUCUGGAAGAGAUGGUUGCGGUGAUGGCACAGAUGAAAGUCAAUGUUCAGUUUGUAGAUGUCCGGUGAUCAAGAGCCGCACCUUAUAG